CAGAAGGAGAAGUUCAUCGAGGAGGAGAAGAUGAAGCUGGAGAAGCUCUUCAAAGACGAGGUGGACAAAGCCCAGAACCUGAAGGCAGAGCAGGAGCGGCAGCAGAAGGAGAUGGAGCAGGAGAAGCAGCAGCUGAAGGCCAUGCUGGACGAGGCCAAGAAACACCAGCAAAAAGCCGAGGAGAAUGUCCGGCAGAAGCAGGAGGAGCUGCAGCAGCUGGAGAGGCAGGGGCAGCGGCGGGAGAACAAGAAGCUGAGGGAGAGGCUGGAGCAGAUGGAGGAAGAGUACAAGGCCGCCCUGGCCCAGACACGAGAGAUCAUGAUCCAGACGGAUGACCUGCCCGAGGAGGUGGCAGUCACGACGACGCAGCUGCCUGAUAUCAAAGCCGUGCCCAACGGCAGAGAUGCGGUGGAUGGUCUGGCGCAGAAUGGGGAGCCAGAGUUUGUGUUCGACGGCAUCCGUCAGAAGGUCUCUGCAGAGAAGCUGGCUGACGCCGGCAUUCUGAGCAAGGAGAGCUUAGACAAGUUGGCGAAGGGCGUCGUGAGCGUUGACGAGCUCUCGCAGAAGGAAGACAUCAAGAAGUACCUGCAGGGCAAGAGCAGCAUCGCCGGUUUGUUAAUCAAACCCACCAACCAGAAGAUGAGCAUCUACGAAGCCAUGAAGAAGCAGCUGCUCAGCCCGGGCACCGCGCUGGUCCUGCUGGAAGCACAGGCUGCCUCUGGCUUCAUCAUCGACCCUGUGCGGAACGUGAGGCUCUUGGUGAGCGAGGCGGUGCGAGAAGGAGUGAUCGGGCCAGAGCUGCACAACAAGAUGCUCUCUGCUGAACGGGCCGUCACCGGCUACAAGGAUCCGUACACGGGUGACAAGAUCUCCCUCUUCCAGGCCAUGACGAAGGACCUCAUCGUCAAGGAGCACGGCAUCCGCCUGCUGGAGGCUCAGAUUGCCACCGGUGGCAUCAUCGACCCCGUGCACAGCCACCGCCUCCCCAUUGAAGCUGCCUACAAGCGUGGCUACUUCGAUGAGGAGAUGAACCGGACCCUCUCCGACCCCAGCGAUGACACCAAGGGCUUCUUCGACCCCAACACACAGGAGAACCUCACCUACCUGCAGCUCAUGGAGCGGUGCGUGACCGACCCGGACACAGGACUGUGCCUCCUGCCGCUCACUGACCAGGCGGCCAAAGCGAGAGAGCUGGUCUACACUGACAAAGAAGCCAAGGACGUCUUCAAGAAGGCCACGGUGACGGCACCGUUUGGCAAGUUCCAAGGGAAGACGGUGACUAUCUGGGAGAUCAUCAACUCCGAAUACUUCACUGAGGACCAAAGGCGGGACCUGAUCCAGCAGUACAGGACUGGCAAGAUCACGGUGGAGAAGAUCAUUAAGAUCAUCAUCACGGUUGUGGAGGAAAGUGAGAAGAAGAGGCAGAUGUGCUUUGAGGGCCUGCGGGCACCCGUACCUGCCGCCAAGCUGCUGGAAAGCAAAAUAAUCACCAAGGACCUCUACAACCAGCUGCACCAGGGCAAGAAGUCUGUGCAGGAGGUGGCGGAGCUGGAGUCCGUACGGCAGUACCUGAAGGGCACGGACACUGUUGCUGGCGUCCUGGUGGAGUCCACCGGCCAGAAGCUCACCUUCUACGACGCCCUGAAGAGGAACCUGCUGAAGCCCGAGAUCGCCCUGUCCCUGCUGGAAGCGCAGGCUGCCACUGGCUACAUCAUCGACCCCAUGACCAACAAGCUCUUCUCUGUCGACGAGGCAGUGAAGGCUGAGGUAGUGGGGCCGGAUUUCCACGAGAAGCUGCUGUCUGGCCGGCGGCGGGGCGCCCCGCUGGCCACUGGCGGCAUCAUCGACCCCAUCAACAGCCACCGGCUCCCGCUGGAGGUGGCCUACGAGCGCGGCUACUUGGACCCGGAGAUGAACAAGGCUCUGUCCGAGCUCCGAGACGACGCCAAGGCUUUCUAUUUCCCCAAUACCCAGGAGCACCUUGCCUACGCCCAGCUGCAAAAGAACUGCCGCCGCGACAAGCAGACGGGCUUCUGCCUGCUGCCCCUCUCGGACAGAGCCAUCCAGUUGCAGCAGGAGGAGGUCUACACCGACAGCCAGGCCAAGGAGUGCUUCAACAAGGCCACUGUCGAGGUGCCUGUGGGCAGCAUGAAGGGCCGGACCAUGACCAUCUGGGAGCUGAUCCACUCCGAGUACUUCACCGAGGAGCACAGGCGCGAGCUCCUGCGGCAGUACAAGACUGGCAAGGUGACCAUCGAGAAGAUCAUCAAAAUCGUCAUCACCAUCAUUGAGGAGGCAGAGACGAAAAAGCAGGAGAAGCUGACGUUCAGUGGUCUCCGGGCGCCUGUCCCUGCCAGUGAGCUGGUGGAGUCCCACAUCAUCAGCAAAGCCCAGUACGAGCAGCUGAAGGAAGGCAAGAAAUCGGUGAAAGAGCUGGCCGAGACGGACGCAGUGAGGAGGUUCCUGCACGGCAGCGAUUGCAUCGCCGGUGUGUACGUGGAGGCAACCAAGGAGAAGCUGAACAUCUACGAGGCCAUGAAGAGGAACCUGCUGAGGCCCAGCACCGCCGUGGUCCUCCUGGAGGCCCAGGCUGCCACUGGAUUCUUGAUCGACCCUGUGAAGAACCGGAAGCUGUAUGUCAACGAGGCCGUGAAGGCCGGUGUCGUCGGGCCUGAACUGCAUGAGAAGCUGCUGUCGGCCGAGAAGGCUGUCACUGGGUACAAGGACCCCUACUCGGGCGACACCAUCUCCCUCUUCCAGGCCAUGAAGAAGGACCUCAUUGUCAGGCAGCAUGGCAUCCGCCUGCUCGAGGCCCAGAUCGCCACUGGCGGCAUCCACCGCAUCCCCGUGGAGGUGGGCUACCGGCGCGGCUACUUGGAUGAGGAGAUGAACCGGACCCUCUCCAACCCCAGCGAUGACACCAAGGGCUUCUUCGACCCCAACACGCAGGAGAACCUCACCUACAUGCAGCUGAAAGAGAGGUGUAUUGAGGAUCCCGAGACGGGGCUGUACCUGCUGCCACUGCGGGGUGCGGGGAAACCGGCGGUGGUGGAGACCACCAAGGUGUACACUGAGGAGGAGACGCGGAAGGUGUUUGAGGAGACGCAGGUGGACAUCCCCGUGGGCAGCAGGGCGGGCUCCUCCAUGUCGCUGUGGGAGAUCAUGCACUCGGACCUGCUGCCCGAGGAGCAGCGGAAGCAGCUCAUGGAGGAGUUCCAGUCGGGCCGCGUGUCCAAGGAGCGCAUGAUCAUCAUCAUCAUCGAGAUCAUCGAGAAGACCGAGAUCAUCCGGCAACAGAAUCUCACAUCCUACGACUACGUCCGGCGCCGCAUCACGGCUGAGGACCUCUACGAGGCCAAGAUCAUCUCUGUAGACAUCUACAACCUCCUGAAGCAGGGCUCCAAGACCUUCCGGGAGCUCCUCGACGUGGAAACCAUCUGGAAGUACCUCUACGGGUCAGGCUGCGUGGCUGGCAUCUACAUCCCCUCUUCCAAGCAGAAGCUCAGCAUCUACCAGGCUCUGAAGAAGGGGCUGAUCAACUCCGAGGUGGCCCGUUCCCUCCUGGAGGCCCAGGCUGCCACUGGCUUCAUGAUCGACCCCAUAAAGAAUGAGAUGCUGACUGUGGAUGAGGCGGUCAGGAAAGGCGUGGUGGGGCCUGAAAUCCAUGACCGGCUCCUCUCCGCGGAGAGGGCCGUGACCGGUUACCGAGACCCCUACAGCGAGCAGAAGAUUUCCAUCUUCCAGGCCAUGAAGAAAGACCUCAUUCCCAGCGAGGAGGCUCUCAAGCUCCUGGAUGCCCAGAUAGCUACCGGUGGCAUCAUCGACCCGCACCUGGGCUUCCACCUGCCGCUGGAGGUGGCCUACCAGCGGGGCUUCAUCAACAAGGAGACAUACGACAUGCUGUCCGAGCCCAGUGAGGUGCGGAGCUACGUGGACCCAUCCACGGAGGAGAAGCUCAGCUACACACAGCUGCUGAAGCGGUGCCGGAAGGACGAGAACACGGGGCUGCUCCUGCUCCCGCUCUGUGACACCAGGAAGCUGACCUUCCGUGGGCUGCGGAAGCAGAUCACCGUGGAGGAGCUGGGCCGCUCGCAGGCGAUGGAUGAAGCCACGGCCCAGCGCCUCCAGGAGGGCCUCACCUCUGUCGAGGAGGUCUCACAGAACCUGAAGAAGUUCCUGGAGGGCACCAGCUGCAUCGCUGGUGUCUUCGUGGACUCCACGAAGGAGCGGCUGUCCGUGUACCAGGCCAUGAAGAAGGGGAUCAUCCGGCCAGGCACUGCCUUCGAGCUGCUGGAGGCGCAGGCGGCCACGGGCUACGUCAUUGACCCCAUCAAGGGCCUGAAGCUGACGGUGGAGGAGGCUGUGCGGAUGGGCAUCGUGGGGCCCGAGUUCAAGGACAAGCUGCUCUCUGCUGAGCGGGCGGUCACUGGCUACCGGGACCCCUACACCGGGAAGCUCAUCUCCCUCUUCCAGGCCAUGAAGAAGGGUCUGAUCCUGAAGGACCACGGGAUCCGCUUGCUGGAGGCCCAGAUUGCCACUGGUGGCAUCAUCGACCCCGAGGAGAGCCACCGUCUCCCCGUGGAGAUCGCCUACAAGAGGGGCCUGUUCGACGAGGAGAUGAACGAGAUCCUGCUGGACCCCAGCGAUGACACCAAGGGCUUCUUCGACCCCAACACGGAGGAGAACCUCACCUACCUGCAGCUCAUGGAGCGGUGCAUCACUGACCCGGAGACCGGCCUCUGCCUCCUGCCCCUGAAGGAGAAGAAGAGGGAGAGGAAGACCUCCUCCAAGUCCUCUGUCCGCAAGCGCCGGGUGGUGAUCGUCGACCCGGAGACGGGCAAGGAGAUGUCUGUGUAUGAGGCCUAUCGCAAGGGCCUCAUCGACCACCAGACCUACCUGGAGCUGUCGGAGCAGGAGUGCGAGUGGGAGGAGAUCACCACCUCCUCCUCCGACGGCGUGGUCAAGUCCAUGAUCAUCGACAGGCGUUCGGGGCGCCAGUACGACAUUGACGACGCCAUUGGCAAGGGUCUCAUUGACCAGUCGGCCCUGGACCAGUACCGUUCAGGCACCCUCUCCAUCACCGAGUUCGCCGACAUGCUCUCUGGCAACAUGAGCGGCUUCCGGUCGCGGUCGUCCUCCGUGGGAUCCUCCUCCUCCUAUACUGUCAGCCCGGCCCCCACGCGGAUGCAGAUCUCCAUGUGGAGCGACCCCACCGAGGAGACAGGGCCAGUGGCGGGCAUCCUGGACACGGACACCCUGGAGAAGGUGUCGGUCACCGAGGCCAUGCGCCGCAACCUGGUGGACAGCAUCAUCGACCCCAACACUGGCGAGAAGUGCUCUGUGGCUGAUGCCGUCAACAAGGGGCUGGUGGACAAGAUCAUGGUGGACCGCAUCAACCUUGCGCAGAAGGCCUUCUACGGCUUCGAGGACCCGCGCACCAAGACAAAGAUGUCGGCGGCGCAGGCGCUGAAGAAGGGCUGGCUGUACUACGAGGCCGGGCAGCGGUUCCUGGAGGUGCAGUACCUGACGGGGGGUCUAAUCGAGCCUGACGUCGAUGGCCGCGUCUCCCUGGACGAGGCGCUG